AUGGCGCCUACUCAUCCAGCAACACAAGGCCACGCUGGCAAAGACAACUCAACCUCAAAGAGACAAUCAUCAUCCACAAUGACCAAAUUGCCUCGACUGCCUGAAGGCUCCAAGAUUCAAAAGCGCGCCCUGCCUCGCUGUCAACAACCCAACUCAUCAAAAUCACAACUUAUUUACGUGUCCGCAUCAACACCGUUCAUGUCAGCCGUCUCACGCGUCCGCAAGCAGCUAGAUAAAUCCCUCAAAGGCAACGCGCCCUCGACGAGGGGCAUGAACCUGAACCAGCGCAUCGACCUACUUCACCGCGACAAUGGCACCAAAGGAGGAAAUGGGGAGGCGAUCGUGCUCGGCACCGGCCGGGCCAUUGAGAAGGCUCUCAGUAUUGCGGCGUGGUUCACCGAGCAGAGCGAUUGCGAGGUCGAGGUGAGGACAAAGACCGUGGGCACGGUCGAUGACGUUGUGCUCAAGGAGGAGGAUGAGGGGUUCGGGGACGAAAGUCGUGUGAGGAAGAUCAGCUGCCUUGAAGUUAUUGUGAGGCUUCGAUGA